AUGGCCGCCGACGACGCCAAGAAGCCCGCGGACCCCGCCGCCAAGGUACCGACGCUCAAGAAGCAGGCCAGCGUGGGCAACAUCUCCGAGGAGAUCGAGGACGACCUGAGCACGCUGCCCAACAUGAAGCUGAGCCAGCUGCACUUCCUGCUGCGGCACCAGCACUCGGGCGCGUCGACGCUGGGCGAGCCGGAUGCCGCGGCCGCCAAGCAGCAGGUGCUGGAGAUCAUCCAGCAGAGCGACAUGGCGCCCUUCUACCGCCUCGUGUGCGCCGAGUUCCAGUGGCCCGUGGACGCGGCGCUCGAGGCCCAGAUGAGCGCCAAGAACGAGCAGGAGCUGGCGCAGCUGGACGAGCGCCUGGCCGACGCCGAGCAGAACCUCGGCGACAUUGAGGUGCUGGAGGCGCUGCUGGCCAAGGCGCGCAUGUACUCGCGGAUCGGAGACGAGGAGAAGGCGCUGGAGGCCUUCAAGGUGGCGGGCGAGAAGCCUCAGUCCAUCAACCAGAAGAUCCUCGUGGCGCUGCACAUCAUCCGCAUCGGCCUCUUCUUCUCCGACCUGGAGCUGGUCGAGACGUACAUCAAGAAGGCCACGGCGCUGAUUGACGAGGGCGGCGACUGGGACCGUCGCAACCGCCUGAAAGUGUACGAGGGCUGCUACCUGCUGAUGGCGCGCGACUUCAAGAAGGCGUCCAAGCUCUUCCAGGAGUCAGUGGCUACGUUCACGGCCACGGAGCUCAUGCCCUACAACACGAUGGUGUUCUACUGCGUCAUCACGUGCGUGCUGAGCAUGAGUCGCGUGGACCUCAAGAAGAAGAUUGUGGACUCGCCCGAGAUCCUCGCGGUCAUCAACGAGAUUCCGUGUCUGACAGACUUCCUGAACGGACUGUACGACUGCAACUACAAGAGAUUCUUCACCGCCAUGGUGGACAUCCAGCCCUACAUUCUGCGUGACAAGUACCUGUCGACCCACUCGCGCUUCCUGUACCGCGAGCUGCGCGUGCUCGCGUAUGGUCAGUUCUUGGAGGCUUACCGCAGUGUGACCAUUGCCUCGAUGGCCACUGCCUUUGGCGUGAGCGUUGAAUUCCUGGACAAUGAGCUCGCACGUUUCAUUGCCGCUGGCCGACUGAACGCCAAGAUCGAUAAGGUGGCUGGCGUGAUUGAGACAAACCGCCCAGAUGCCAAGAACGCGCAGUACCAGGACGCCAUCAAGAAGGGCGACUUGCUGCUUAACCGCAUCCAGAAGCUUGCCCGAGUUAUCAACGUCUAG